UGAAAACACAUUCCCAGCCCGGGCCCUGCAAACAUGGCGGCCGGGUUUGCAAGCCAGCAGCAGCCCAUCCCCGAACAUCUGCUUCAGGAGGUGAAGCUGUGUCGUAGCUCGGCGGAACGAGAAAAAUUCGACAAUCUGGCGGCUGUUUAUGAAAUCUUACUCACGCUGGAACAUAUUGAACGCGCCUACGUACAUGACAACAUCGGCGAGGCUGAGUACACCGAGACGUGCAAAAAGCUUCUCACGCGCUUCAAGGCCUGCCGCAAUCUACUGCCCUCGGAUGUGGCCAAUGACAUUCCGGCCUUUGCUGCAACAUACCGAUUGGAAUGUCCCGCCGCUUUGCAACGCAUUCGAGUCGGCGUGCCAGCCACAACAGAAUUUGGCAGUGGACCUUCAGCAGACCAUGUCAAGCGCAGUCGACACGUUAUGGCCGCCACCGAGCAUUUCAUUAGCAUCACAGAUACCUUUUCCAUGGAUAUUGGCGAUGUGGACAAGCUGCACAAUGAGGUGUCUGGGCUGAUGGAUCAGCUCAACAAGCUGGAUGACUUGUCGCCGGAUCACAUCUCCAAACGCAAUGUUCUCAAGUGGUUGGAGGUACUGAGCGCCAUGAAAGCCACUGAUGCCCUUAGCCCGGAGCAAAUCCGUGAAGCGCUCAUGGACUUUGACAUGGCGUAUGAUGCGUACAAGCGGCAAAUUUGGGAUAACUAGAGGCGCUGAACCAACGCGUGUGUUUGCUCGGCUGUAGUCGCGACAAGCAGGACGUGUCAUUGUUGUUUGUGGUAUUGUUGUAAUCAAUAAUUGACCAGUGAGGUUGUC